ACCAGAACCGUUUGAACAUCCUGCAAGAUGGGCACGACAAGUGCAGACACGUACAUUAAUGGAAACUCCAUCGAAGCAUUCUUCGCGGAGACGGUGAUCUUGAUAACCGGGGCGACCGGUUUCCUGGGGAAAGCUCUUCUGGAAAAGCUGUUGCGCUCGUGCCCCCACGUGGCCACCAUUUUUAUACUGAUCCGUCCCAAACAGGGUCAGACGAUCGAGCAACGAUUUAAGAAACUCCUAGAGAAUUCCGUGUUCGACGGAGUUAAAGCAACGAGUCCCACCGCCUUCGACAAGGUGCAUCCUGUGAAAGGCGACGUGUCUCUGCCGAAUUUAGGCUUAUCGCCAGAGGAUAGAAACAUGUUAACGCAGAGGGUGAACAUAGUGUUUCAUAGCGCUGCCACAGUGAAGUUCAACGAACCGCUGAAAGUGGCAGUGAAUUUGAACACAAGGGGCACCGAUCGAGUCAUAGAUCUGUGCAAGAACAUAAAGAAUCUAAUCAGUAUCAUCCACGUUAGCACAGCUUAUAGCAACGCGAAUCGACAGGACAUUCACGAAGCGAUUUACACCACAAAGGUGAAGCCUUCCACGGUGAUCGAUAUGUGCGAGAGUCUCGACGAGGAGACGCUCAACGUGCUCGAGAACAAGAUUUUGGAGAAUCACCCGAACACGUACACGUUCACCAAAAAUCUCGCGGAGCAAAUAGUGCUGACGAAAGCCAAGGACUUGCCAAUAGCGAUAGUGAGACCGAGUAUAGUCUGCGCCGCGGUAAGGGAUCCGUUUCCUGGUUGGGUGGACAAUCUCUGUGGAAUCACAGGUAGCAUUACAGAAAUCGGCAGAGGUGUCGUUCGAACGGUCCUGUGUGAUUCGAAUUUAAAGCUGGACUUGGUGCCUAUCGAUUACGUUGUAGACACGAUAAUAUGCGCCACGUGGCACAGCACGAUGCAACAUAAUAAUACCAUUAAAAUUUACAACUGUACGAGUAACGCAAAUCCUUUGAGAUGGGGCACGUUGAACGAGCUCAUCAAUAAAUACGCCAUAGCAUCCCCGUCGACGUACGUGAUGUGGUAUCCAGGUUGCACGUUCAGAACCAACAAACUUAUUCACAAUUUCAUGUCCGCCGCUUUGCAUAUAUUCCCCGCAUUCGUUGGCGAUUUUGUCUUAAAGCUUGUAGGUAGUAAACCUCAAAUGAUGAAGUCCAUCAAACGCGUUGAACGUAUGAUGGAUACCGCGAGGUUCUUCACCACGCACGAAUGGAACUUCCGCAGGAGUAACAUGAACGACCUGACGAAAAAGGUGAAGGUGUUAAAAGACUGCGAUAAUUUCAACGUCGAUAUGCAACAUUUGAAAUGGGACACGUACGUGCAAGACUACAUGUCCGGCAUUAAGAAAUACGUGUUGAACGAGAAUCCAGAGGCUUCGAGUAACGCUCGAAGUCGAUUGUUAAUGUUUUAUUGGGUACACCGGAUAAUUCAAUUUUCGAGUAUAAUCGUGCUACUGUCGAUGAUAAUGCGCGUCGGUCAUUGA